AGUCGAUAUGUACUAAUAGUAACAAAAUUAACAAUUAAUAUUGUGAUCAAAUAUUAUUCAAUUUCUUUCUAGAAUAAAGACAUUACCGAGGUAUUCUCCACACACUAUACAGAGAAAGUCUCUCGUGAAUAUACAUCUUGCAGAACAGUUACCGAAUAAUACAAUGAAGACUUUCGUGCUUGCUACGUGUCUAUUAGCCACGGUAAUUUACGCAGUUGACCACGAGCAACUAAAACAUAUGUAUGAACUGUUUAAUGAAUGUAUCAAACAUGAAAAUAUUACGGAGAACGUGGAAUUACGACCCGAUGUGUGGUUUUGUGUAUUGUCGAAGCGCGGCGUAAUUGAUGAAAAUGAUGUUAUAGUAAAAGAAGAAGCUAUGUCAUAUUGUGAGGCAGUCACAAUUUGUCCACAAGGCUGCAAGAAAAUCGUUACUAAGUGCAUACGUGAAGGGAAUCAAGUUCCAGGAUCCAAUAAAGAGAAAAGCCUAGCGACACUAGAAUGUGAUUUAAAAAGCGAUAUAUUAAACUUGGUUCCAAAAAGAGAAUAGAAAAAGUACAAUAAAGAAA